AGAAUAUUGCCCGAUACAGUGAUGCAACAAAAAAAAAGAACCGACCUUUAUCACAUGUAAUGCACUUUUAGAGUAAUUUAAAAUCAGACGGCAAAUCUUAUCUCAAGUUCAUCAAUUCAAAUGAUUUAAACCCAGAUCAAAUUUCACUGUAACUGAUAAGAAUCUGAUAAAAAGAUUUCAUCUUCGUGUUGUUUUAGUUAUGGGUUCGUUGAAAACUGAAGGAGAAGUGGAGCAGAUUGGAGAGGAUUCAGCAAAAGAAGCAAUCUUUUAUGUUAAUGGAGUGAGAAAAGUUUUGUCUGAUGGAUUGGCCCACUUGACUCUCAUCGAGUAUCUUAGAGACAUAGGAUUGACAGGGACAAAACUAGGCUGUGGUGAAGGUGGUUGUGGUGCUUGCACUGUUAUGGUCUCUCAGUACGACAGAAAAUUUAAGAAAUGUGUGCAUUAUGCCGUCAAUGCAUGCUUGGCUCCUCUGUAUUCAGUGGAAGGAAUGCAUGUUAUUACAGUGGAGGGAGUAGGGAACCGCAAAAAUGGCUUGCAUCCAAUUCAGGAAUCAUUGGAACGCGCUCAUGGCUCACAAUGUGGAUUUUGUACUCCUGGGUUUAUUAUGUCAAUGUAUGCACUGCUAAGGUCAAGCCAACAACCGCCUACCGAAGAGCAAAUUGAAGAAUCCCUUUCUGGAAAUUUAUGCCGUUGCACUGGUUACAGGCCAAUUGUUGAUGCAUUCCGUGUUUUUGCUAAAAGUAAUGAUGCAUUAUACACUGAUUAUUCUAAACUAAGCCUUCAAGAAGGUGAAUUUGUGUGUCCCUCAACUGGUAAACCCUGUUCAUGUAAAUCAAAAACUGCAAUUGACCUUGGUAACAGCUGUAAUAGUACAGCUUGUGGUAAUAGCUGCAAACCUACAUCUUAUAGUGAGGUAAAUGGGAGUACAUAUUCAGACAAAGAGCUUAUUUUUCCUCCUGAGCUGUUGCUGAGGAAAUUAACUCCCUUAAGCCUAACUGGAUUUGGCGGGCUUAAGUGGUAUCGACCGUUACGGCUCCAGCAUUUACUGGAUUUAAAAGCAAAAUAUCCAGAAGCGAAAUUGCUGAUAGGCAACACAGAGGUCGGAAUAGAGAUGAGACUAAAGAGAAUUCAUUAUCCAGUUUUGAUCUCUGUUGCACAUGUCCCUGAACUCAAUAUGUUGAGUGUCAAGGAUGAUGGUUUAGAGAUUGGUGCUGCAGUCAGACUGACCGAACUCCAUCAAAUGCUUAGAAAGGUUGUUAAGGAACGUCCUGCUCAUGAAACAUCUUCAUAUAAGGCAAUAGUUGAACAGUUAAAAUGGUUUGCUGGGAACCAGAUAAAAAAUGUUGCCUCUGUUGGAGGGAAUAUAUGUACAGCCAGUCCAAUAUCAGACUUGAACCCUCUCUGGAUGGCUGCAAGAGCAAAGUUUCAAAUCAUUGGCUCCAGAGGGAACAUUAGAACAACCUCUGCGGAAAAUUUCUUUCUUGGUUACCGGAAGGUGGAUCUUGCAAGUGACGAAAUUUUACUCUCAGUAUUCUUACCAUGGACUAGGCAAUUUGAGUACGUGAAAGAAUUUAAGCAGGCUCAUAGGAGGGAGGACGACAUUGCUAUUGUAAAUGCUGGAAUGCGUGUCUUUCUUGAGCAAAAAGGGGAACAAUGGGUAGUUUCGGACGCGUCAGUUGUUUAUGGCGGUGUAGCUCCACUUACUUUAUCAGCAGUAAAGGCAAAAACAUUUAUGAUUGAGAAGAAUUGGAAUCAAGAUCUCUUGGAGAGCAUUUUGAAAAUCCUAGAAACAGAUAUUUUACUUAAGGAGGAUGCGCCUGGUGGGAUGGUGGAAUUUCGGAAAUCUUUAGUUCUUAGUUUCUUCUUCAAGUUUUUUCUGUGGGUUUCAUAUCAGAUGGAAGGGGAGAAUUUAAUUAAGUCAAGUAUACCAUCAUCGCAUUUGUCAGCUGUAGAACCGUUCCAUCGGCCAUCAGUUGUUGGAAUUCAGGACUUCGAAAUUAUGAAACAUGGGACAUCUGUGGGAUCUCCUGAAGUUCAUAUGUCAUCGAGACUUCAGGUCACAGGGGAGGCUGAAUACGCUGAUGAUACAGCAAUACCUUCUAAUGGCUUGCAUGCUGCAUUAGUUUUGAGCAAAAGACCUCAUGCUCGAAUUUUGUCCAUCAAUGAUUCAGAAGCCAAGUCUUCACCGGGAUUUGCAGGCAUAUUUUUUGCCAAAGAUGUUCCAGGAGAUAAUCACAUUGGUGCAAUAAUUGAUGAUGAGGAAGUAUUUGCUUCAGAGUUUGUUACUUGUGUGGGACAGGUUAUAGGUGUGGUUGUUGCCGAUACACAUGAAAAUGCAAAACUGGCUGCAAGAAAAGUUUUUGUGGAGUAUGAAGAUCUUCCAGCAAUAUUAUCUAUACAGGAAGCCAUUGCUGCUGAAAGUUUCCAUCCUAAUUCAGAAAAGUGUCUGAUAAAUGGUGAUGUUGAACUCUGUUUUCAGUCAGGCCAAUGUGACAAAAUCAUAGAGGGGGAAGUUCAAGUGGGUGGACAGGAGCACUUUUACUUGGAGCCGCAGAGUAGUUUGGUUUGGACGCUGGAUAGUGGCAAUGAAGUCCAUAUGAUUUCGUCAACCCAGGCUCCUCAGAAGCACCAGAAAUAUGUGGCUCAUGUUCUUGGUCUUCCCAUGGGAAAAGUAGUUUGUAAAAUCAAAAGAAUUGGUGGUGGAUUUGGUGGAAAGGAGACAAGAUCAGCUUUCAUUGCAGCUGCAGCUUGUGUACCAUCAUAUCUGCUGAAUCGGCCAGUGAAAAUCACUUUGGACAGAGAUGAAGACAUGAUGAUUACUGGACACCGCCACAGCUUUCUAGGAAAGUACAAGGUUGGAUGCACAAAUGAGGGAAAAAUCCUUGCGCUGGAUCUUAAAAUCUAUAAUAAUGCCGGAAAUUCUCUGGACCUUUCUCUUGCUGUUCUUGAGCGUGCCAUGUUUCACUCUGACAACGUAUAUGAGAUACCAAAUGUCAGAAUUCUGGGGAAGGUAUGCUUUACUAAUUUUCCUAGUCACACUGCCUUCCGAGGAUUUGGGGGUCCUCAAGGAAUGCUUAUAGCUGAGAAUUGGAUUCAAAGAGUUGCUGUAGAACUUAACAAAAGCCCAGAAGACAUAAGGGAAAUCAAUUUCCAAGGUGAAGGAUCAAUUUUGCAUUAUGGCCAACAACUUCAUUACUGUACACUUCCCCAGCUAUGGAAUGAACUGAAGUUAUCUUGCAACCUUUUGAAGGCUCGUGAAGAUGCUAUCCAGUUUAACCGUCAUAAUCGCUGGAAGAAACGUGGUGUUGCUAUGGUCCCAACAAAGUUUGGCAUAUCCUUUACGACUAAGAUGAUGAACCAGGCAGGUGCUCUGGUUCAUGUCUACACAGAUGGAACUGUUUUAGUUACACAUGGAGGAGUUGAGAUGGGGCAAGGUCUGCAUACAAAAGUGGCUCAGGUUGCUGCUUCUGCUUUUAAUAUCCCUCUCAGUUCCGUGUUCAUAUCAGAGACUAGCACUGACAAGGUACCUAAUUCAUCACCAACAGCUGCUUCUGCAAGCUCUGAUAUGUAUGGAGCAGCAGUAUUGGAUGCAUGUGAGCAAAUAAUGGCACGGAUGGCACCUGUUGCUUCAAAACAUAAUUUCAGCUCCUUUGCUGAGCUUGCAUGGGAAUGCUUUACGCAGCGAAUAGACCUUUCUGCUCAUGGAUUUUACAUUACACCUGAGGUCGACUUUGAUUGGAAGACCGGUAAAGGAAAUCCAUUUAGAUACUUCACUUACGGGGCUGCAUUUGCUGAGGUUGAAAUCGACACAUUGACUGGAGAUUUUCACACAAGGGAAGCAAAUAUCAUUUUGGAUCUCGGAUAUUCCAUUAAUCCAGCCAUUGAUGUUGGACAGAUUGAAGGAGCAUUCAUACAAGGUUUAGGGUGGGCAGCCUUAGAGGAACUAAAAUGGGGAGAUUCAGCUCACAAGUGGAUAAAGCCUGGUUGCUUGUAUACAUGUGGACCUGGAAGUUACAAGAUUCCUUCAUUAAAUGAUAUCCCCUUUAAAUUCAGUGUUUCACUUCUAAAGGGGCAUCCAAAUGUGAAGGCGAUCCAUUCAUCUAAAGCAGUAGGCGAGCCUCCAUUUUUCCUUGCUUCCGCCGUCUUUUUCGCCAUCAAAGAUGCAAUAAUGGGUGCAAGAGCAGAAACAAAGCAUCAUGGGUGGUUUCCUCUAGAUAAUCCAGCAACACCUGAAAGGAUACGAAUGGCUUGUUUAGAUGAAAUCACAGCUCGGUUCAUAAACUCCGAUUACCGCCCCAAUCUUAGUGUUUGAUUUGUUACCUGCUUUCUGUACAUUUUAAUUGAACUAUGUAAAUUCCAAACUUUUGUCAUUGAUCUUAAUAACAGUAGUUUAACAUUCUUGUGCAAA